CGGACUAGAAGACCUGAGAGGUCUGAAAGGUUGAUACAGAAGCAGUAGAUAUUUAAUGUAUUUUGGUGCAAAGCCGUUCAGUUAUUUAUAAACUAACAGAAGUGUUUUAAAGUCUAUGAGCUACAGGAAGUGUAAGGACUUUAAAGUUGGGGUGUAGCAGGUUUUUAGUUCCCUCUACGUUCUAAAGGUUUGAGCUAAAUAUUUUUCAUUUCUGCUAGUAGGUUGGGAAGAGAUGAAGCAGUGAUCAGAAAGUCCAGCAUGCAUCUGCCAAUGUUUAAAGUAACAUCGGCUUUGUGUGCUUUUAUAUUUUGGAAGUUCAUUGGAGAUAUUUGCACUGUUAAAAUCUCCAAAAGCAAUGAGAAGGCAGGAUGGAUGUUUUUCCUUUAUGAUUUGUUGUCUUGAAGAAACCUCCUUUCCUCGGUCCUGAGAUGUUUCUCAUGGAAACUGUUUGGAAAAGAAGAGAGUCAAGAAGAACAACCUGUCGUAUCGUCCACCCUGUAAGUUCAUAUAGGAAGUGGCAACUUCCUAUAUGAAUCUUCCUCAUGCGAUGUGAGAAAUGGCGCAGAUUCUCACUCUUCUUUUUUAUCUGUUUCUAGUUGACACACUUCAAAUUCAAGUUUCCUCUGCAGUGACUGAUGUAUUUGUGAAGACUGGAGAUGAUCUUAUUCUUAAUCUCACAGCUGAAAUUCCAUCAAAUACUGUCGUUUGGUCAUGGCAAUAUAAAAAUCAGGCAAUAGUAACAUUUAUAAAGGGUUCCACACCAGCUGUUCAAGAAAGUCACACUGGAAGAAUCGAAAUUGAUGAAAAAUCCAAAUUCAAACUGAAGAAUCUACUAAAGUCAGACAGUGGUAUUUAUAUUGCAAAGGUUACAGCACCUCGAGAUAAAGAACUAACUCAAUACAGUGUUACAGUUCAAGAUCCAGUGUCUCCAGUUGAUCUCACCUUGAGCUGCUCAUCCAGCUCCUCCUCCUAUAACCUGACAGCGACCUGCAGGACAGACGACAUCAGUGUCACUCUGAGAUGUGAGAAUGAAACCUGUAACCAGGAGGAGGAGAGAGAAGAUCGAUCACCAGAUCUGGUUCUUCUCUUCUUAUCUACAAGUCGAAAGAGUCAAUCGUCUGUAGCCAUAGCAACCGAGUCAGCAGGAUUGAAACCAUCAACCAGAUCGACAAUCACUGCUUUGAACUUGCUAAAAGGAGAAUCAUGACAAUCAUUAACAUCACUAGAAUAAUCCUGGCUGCAU